AUGUUGGCAAUCUUGACGUUGCUUCUCACAUGUGCUGCACAGACGCAUGUGCACGCCAAGCAUUUGUUGUUGAUUGGUGAGACCGGCGCAGGGAAAAGCACCUUCGGGAACCUCAUGUUGGGCAGAAAUGCGUUCAAAGUAGGCCAUGACCUGGAAUCCUGCACCACCCGAAGCCGGACAGAGAUUGGAAAUCUUUUCGGAGGUGAGUUGGAGGUGGAGGUCACAGACACCGGUGGCCUGGGCGAUUCUGAGGGUCGGGACGAGACGUUUGUGAAGCAAGUGGCUGACCAUGUGAGGUCGCGGCAAGGCUUUGACGGGAUCCUCUAUGUGCACAAUGCCUGCGUGCCACGGAUCACAAAAGGAGCACAGAAUUCCAUGCUGGAGAUGUUGCAUACAUUGGCUGACGAUGCCAAUCGUGCAAAGCUUUGGCGACACUUCGGGAUUGUGCUGACACAAUGUGCAAUGUACUAUCCUUUGUACACAAGCCAACUUCCGCAAGAAUUGCGGAAACGAUUUGAAGAGUUGGACUUUGACAUUCCCAUCUUUUGGUUUGUCCAGGACGACAGCAUAUUAGGGACAGUUAUCAAUGCUAUGCACAGCAUGAGGGGCACAGACCUUCAAAGCCGAAUACGUUCUUGGGUGAGGAGCCUGCCGGCCCGCUUCAGAAUGCCAAGCGAGACCAAGAGAGAGGAGUUGAAGCGCAAGUUUGAGGAGAAUCGGGCGCAAGAGAAGCAGCGUAUGCAGGAGCUUGAGAACCAAAAGCAACAGCUUGAAUCACAGAAGCAGCGUAUGCAGGAGCUUGAGAACAGAAAUCGACAGCUUGAAUCACAGACGAAUCGCGGCUAUGGUCGUGAUGGUGGCGGCUAUGGUGGCGGCUAUGGUGGUGGCUAUGGCGGUGGCGGUGGCUACUACAGUGGUGGUCCAAGCAGAUACUCGGCAAGUGGCGGCUGCUUCGCAAAGUCAUCCUUGGUCAAUGUCCAAGCCAAAGGCAGCAUCCCUUUGGACGAGGUCAAGGUCGGAGACAAGCUUCAAACUGUGGGCCCGGCGGGAUAUGUGGAGGUCGUGGCAUGGAUGCACCAUGACUUGCAGGUCAUUGGCGAUGCAAUGGAGAUCCACACACCCGUGGGCACCUUGAGGCUCACACCUGACCACUUGGUAUUUGUGGAGUCGGAGAAUGGCGACCCAGUUGCGGUUCCAGCCCGCCAGGUUACCGUUGGCCGCCGCAUCAUCGCAGCCGAUGGGAGGGCCAACGUGAGUGCCGUGGUCAAAACAAAGAUGCGCGGGUAUAUGUUGCCUUUGACCACAUCCGGUGACUUGUUGGUGGAUGGAAUGCUGGCGUCUUGCUAUGGCGAAGUCGGUGCAUUGUCCCACAACAUUAUCAAUGCACUCAUGGCUCCUGUGCGAUCUCCAACCCUGCCAGCUUGGCUCCGACCGCAGACAGAUGAAGCAUGGAGCAAAUAUGCCACUCUCCUCAAGAAUGUAGUUUGGCUCCUGUGGUGA